AUGAGAAGAAUGCGAGUGGUUUUGAAAUUUUCCUUUGAAGAUAAAGAAAUGUCUUCUUUAUUUAGUGUACUUAUAAACGAAGGAAAGAAGAUUGGGCGGAAGAAAGGGCCCAUAGCAAGGGUUAGGAUUUCUAAGGUUGUAGAAAUCAUAAUGAAUUCUGUGCCUGUGUAUAAUCUGAGGAUCAGCUCAGUAUUGUUUAGAGUGAUAGUGAGGGCCUAUGAAGCUAAAGUGAGGGUUUAUUUACUUGAAAUCCAAUCAUUAGUGAAGAUCCUGAGCAUCACAAAAAGGAGAGGGGAAUAUAAGAAGAAAAAGGGAAGGAACAUGCUUUCCAUGGACAUGGGGCACAUAUCAAGCAUAUGUAGCUCUGAAUUCGACGAUAGCCAGUACAUGGAUGGCCAGAUUGGUAGUUAUAGUGAAACGCUUGGACUUGUGGAUGGAUAUACUGAUCAGCCAAAAAGACGUUCUAAAGGCAUUACUGACAGAAUGACAGAACUUGAUAUUCCUAGAAUGAUUGUUUCAGAUACCUCAAGGAAUGCACCAGUAAUCAGUAGCUUUGAGCCUGUAAGGAAGGAGCCUUUUGUGGUCAGGGAAGCCAGGAAAAUAAAGCCGGCCCUCCAAAACAUUGAAAUUGAGUAUAGCGAGAUGUCAACUCUGGGAUCCAUAGAAAGGCCCCGUAAUGCUUCUGUGCACACUGUCAGGGAAAGCUCCUCAAGCAGUGUUUCCGAAGAAAGGACACUUGACUUCUUAUCAAGCGAUACAGACUUCAAUAAAUAUGCUGUGGGUGGAAGAAGAAGGAGAGCAAGAAUCUUCUACCUCAUGCUUGAAUUGAGCUCGAGAGGGGCUUUUGUGCCUGUGCAGAAGCAGGCAUAUGGAGAGAUUGUGCUCACAAAGCCUAGACCAUGA